AUGGGCAUUCCAAAGUUCUUCCGCUGGCUGGGCGGGCGGUACCCGCUCAUUUGCGAGCGCGUCAAGGACGACAACAUCCCCGAGUUCGACAACCUGUAUCUGGAUAUGAACGGCAUUAUCCACAACUGCACGCAUCCCAAGGACGGGAAUGCACCGGCGCCCAAGACGGACGAGGAGCGGUUCCUGGCGAUCUUCAACUACAUUGACUUCUUGUUCAGCAAGAUCCGGCCGCAGAAGGUGUUCUUCCUGGCGAUUGACGGUGUGGCGCCGCGGGCCAAGAUGAACGAGCAGCGGGCGCGGCGGUUCCGCACUGCCAGGGACCUGCAGCAGGACUACGAGAAGAAGCAGAAGGAGCAGCACAAGGCGGGCGAGAAGCCGGCUGUGGACCAGGCGGAGUACGAUGUGGACGCGUUUGACCCGACGUGCAUCACGCCCGGAACCGAGUUCAUGAGCAAGCUGACGGAGGCGCUGCGCUACUACGUCAACAAGCGCAUCUCGGAGGACGUCGACUGGCGCAAGCCCAAGGUGAUCCUCAGCGCACCCAACGUGCCGGGCGAGGGCGAGCACAAGAUCAUGGACUUCAUCCGGUUCUCGCGCGCGCAGCCCGGGUACCGCGCCAACACGCGGCACUGCCUGUACGGAUUGGACGCCGACCUGAUCAUGCUCGGCCUGCUGAGCCACGAGCCGCACGUGUCGCUGCUGCGCGAGGAGGUGCUGUUUGGCCCGGCGUCGCGCACCGCUUCGGCCCCUGGAGCGCGGUACACCCGCGACCGCAGUUGA